AUGUGCAAUAGAUGGUCGGGUUUGUUUGUGGUGGCCGUUUUCGGAGUGUUUGCAUGGUUGCCGACACGGGACGCAGCCAAAAUUCUGCUUGUUUCUGCCUUUCCCGGCGUAAGCCACUGGCUUAUGUUCGAGCACAUCGUACACGAGCUGCUGAGGCGAGGUCACGAACUGACGGCCAUCACCAGCUAUCGGUUGCGAACGGAUGGCACGAACCAAACGGAGCGAUAUCACGAGAUUCUGAUUGAUCCCGUGUACGACUUCGAAGCCAACGGGUUGCCGAUGGAGGUGUUCUACAAGUCCCAAUCGUUCGGUGAUCCGUUCUUCAAGAUGUCAAUCCUGUGGAAGCUGGGGCUGGAGACGGCGGAGCACGCAUUUGAAAGUGCAAACGUGAAGAAGUUCUUAAAAACCGAAGGACUCGCGUUUGAUCUUCUGAUUGCUGAGCAGUUUGUGCAAGAAAGCUUCCUGAUGUUCGCUCACAAGUACCAAGUCCCGGUCGUCACUAUCAAUACUCUUGGCCAUGCAGACUACAUAGAUCGUGCAUUUGGAUUGAUAACUCCUUGGUCGUUCGUACCACACUUUAUGCUCCAGUAUGACGAUCAAAUGUCCCUCAAGGAACGGGCGUACAACGUGUUCCUAUCGGCGUGGGAUGCAUUUAAUCGCAAGUUCCACUAUCUACCGGAGCAGACAAAGCUAACAUUAAAGUAUUUUGGAGCCACCGAAGUGUUACCCUCGCUGGAGGAUCUCGAGAGGAACGUCAGUGUGGUGCUUGUGAACAACCACAUCAUCUCCUCACGACCCAGACCACGCAUCAACGGAAUGAUCGAUAUUGCCGGUGUGCACAUUCGGGCACCAAAAGCGCUUCCCCUCGUUGUGAAGGAGUUUCUCGAUUCAUCUCACAAUGGCGUUAUCUACAUCAACUUCGGCACCUUCCUGAGAAGCUCCGGUAUGCCACCAGAAACUCUGCAAGUGUUUCUGUCCCUGUUCCGUGCCCUGCCGCAGUACAACUUCCUGUGGAAAUGGGAAGCGGACAAUAUCCCGAAUCUACCACCGAACGUGCUGUUGCAACAGUGGCUCCCACAGAAUGACGUCCUGGCGCAUCCCAACGUUAAGCUGUUUGUGUCACACGGGGGUAUUUUCGGCACGCAAGAAUCCAUCUACUGGGCUCGUCCGAUACUGUUUGUACCGUUCUACGGUGAUCAGCAUAGUAAUGCGCUCAAAUUUGAACGUGCCGGCAUCGGGCUUACGCUUCAGAUUAUCAACGUUACGAUGGAGGACUUCCGGUCGAAGAUUGAACGGAUAGUGCAGGGUGCGGAGUUCCAGCAAAACGUCAACCGAUUGUCGGCCAUCUUCCGCGAUAAUCCAACAGAUCCGCUCGAGGAGGCAGCGUUCUGGAUCGAAUACGUGAUACGCCACCGGGGAGCAACUCAUCUGAAGUCUGCCGCUGUGCAUAUGCCCUGGUAUCGGUAUCUGCUGCUAGACAUGUUGUCAUUGACCUUGCUGGUGGUUGCGAGUGUGGUCUGGUCGGUAAAGUCACUGCUGUGCAGCGGCAUGGAACUGAUCAAACCACACCGUGCAACCAAAGUCAAAGUCAAGUAA